AGAAGUAUACGGAAUUAGCAGCGCAAUCCUAGCAAAUUUGUAGUAAUAUGAUGAUGGCACAAGGUAGUAUUGGAAAGACCCGUCGAUUCUGCAUCCCCGAAAGCCAGACUGCCUCAAUCGUUUGGGGAAAGUGGAUUAUCAUUAACCGAACAAGACUGGAAAGAAACUUUGGUGGGCUUCGAUUUCGCAAAUCGCGUGGAAAAUCGUAAUGUCUGAGAGAAUGGCUGGAUCGGUUGUGGGGUAGGGUAGAGUGAGGGCGAGGGAACUCCCGAUAUGAAAAAUAUACAUGACUUCGUUUGACGCAAAAUCAUACGAGAGAAACAUCAACGCGAACUGUCAGUCAGUCAGUGAACGAUGCCUUCAGCAUGAAGUAACAGGAGUUUGCUCGCGCGUUGCUACGAGUAGAUUGCACUCACACAGGCGCACACAGAUUGUACAAAAAACGGAGACGAGAUUUUUUCCAUCGAAUUUGCUGAAUUUUACAUCAUAAAAUUCAGGGAUAAAAGUAAUACCAAAGUGGAGAAAUUUAUCGGGAAGUUGUUCCCGGGCACACGCCGGUGUAUUUGAACCUAGCGAAGACCGGAUUUUGUCGGUGCUCGGAGGAGAAAAGACGAUUUAUUUUUCGCUGCUGCUUACACACGGGUUUGAAGAUGUUUGCCGUCGUCUGAACGGGGAUCCUACAUUUUGGUGGAACUGGCUAUGCAAGGAUUGUUCCCAGUUUGCGUACAACAAGACAGCGAGAUCAGUUCCCUUUGAGCGAUGAACGGAACAACUGAUGGCAAAUCCUCCAGCUCAUCUUCGUCGUCGUCAUCCGGUGGCGGUAGCAUUGGCGGCGGCGCAACAAUAACUAAUCAACAGAAAGCACCCCGAAAUUACAAACUGAUAGCAGACCCGUUCCUACAUAAAGGAGUUCCAAAAAUCUACCGCUACGAUGGGAUCGUCCCCGGUGAUCCAACCUAUCCUCCGGUAAUACCUAGGGAUCCGCGGAAUCCACUGGCCAGGAUUAGGGCACGUUCGGAAGUAUGUGAUCUAACUGUUCCGAGAUUCAAAAUCGAUCAGAACUACAUUGGUGAACCUCCGGCUAUAGAAAUUACUAUCACUAACUUGAAUGACAACAUCGAUAAGCCUUUUUUGGCGGACAUGCUCGCGAAGUGUGGCACCUAUACCGAAUUGUACAUCUAUUACCACCCAGUGACGAACAAACAUCUGGGCCUGGCACGGAUCGUAUUCGAGAAUGUCCGCUCAGCGCGACUUUGCGUGGAAAAGCUUAAUGGAACCUCAGUAAUGGGUAAAGUACUCAACGUCUUCAAAGAUUCGUUCGGCGAAGAAUGUAAGCGAAUAUUAGAGGAUAGAACGUCGGAAAAACCUAAACGAAAUGCCGUACAACCACCACAACCGCCGUCACAUGCACACGAUGCGAUGCCACCACUUCCAGCAGUUGCCACAAGUCAGUUGGGUCCUGCAAAACCAUCACAUAUGUCCUCCGCUAGCCACUACGGGCGUGGUGGUGGUGUUACCGAAUUAUUAAAUGACGAAGACAAUUGGGAUAGUGACGACGUGGUUAAAGUUGCAAAACCAUCAUCGAUUAAAAAUGUACCGGAAAACGACUCAUGGGAUGCGGACGAUUACUCGGGAAGUGCUGGGAACAGCCAGGACUCCAGCUUCUACAACAAAGAAAAAUAUUCAUCGGCGAGGAAAAGUGUAAGCCAUUAUGACGAGAAGGACGACGACGGGAGAAACAAGGAUAAAUACUACGACCGAGAUCGAGAAAAAGACCGUAAGCACCACCAUCAUCACAAAAGUGGCAAACGUGAGCGGGAUCGGGAUCGAGACAGGGACAGCAGGGACUGGGAGCGUGGUAGAGAAAGGGAUCGAGAACAGAAAUGGGAUAGAGGCGAGCGUGAACGAGAUCGAGAGAGAGAUCGUGAUCGCGAGAAGGAACGUGAUCGUGACAGAGAAAGAGAUCGAGAUAGACACUGGGAUCGAGAUCAUGAACGGUUCGGGCGGGAUCGUGAUAACCGGCGGAAAAGCAAAUCCGGAGGUUAUUGGCAUGUUGAGUCUGGCAGCUAUUCUACUGAGGCAAAUUAUUCUGGAAGCAAUCGGUUCUCACAGUACGAAUACUAUGGAUACUCAUCGUCUGAUUAUGGUCAUUAUGGUUAUCCACCUCCGCCACCUUCAGCAUCCGUGGGAAACUAUGCGGCCACCGAAACCGCAACCACAUCGUGGGCACCACCGCCGCCUCCUGAUGAAAAGCCAAAAGCACCUCCUCCGCCUCCCACCGCCAGUAAGCCCAAGUCCGUUUUAGACGAUUCAGAAAUGUGGGAUGAUGACGCUGAUGGAAUGGUACAACCAAAGCCACCAAUGACGCCUCCUGUUCUUCCUGAGCCAAAGAGUGAUCUCAACGUCGAGGAUGAGAAUAGCGGCUCCGCUUUAGAUUUAGACACUAGAAUAGCGCUUAUGUUCAAGGAUAAAACGUUUGGCGCCGCUCCUUUCCUGCAAUUGAGUGAUGGCGAAGAGGAAGAAAAGAAAGAAGCAACUACCAACUCAGUGAACCAAGCUCAAGACGUGCCAAUCAAGGAGGAAAUCAAAGAAGAGUCGUCUGCUAGCUCUCCACUUCCGGAAGUUCAACUUAAAAAUGAAUCCAAAAUAGAACCCCCAAAGGAGGAAGGAGCAAGUGACAUAUCGUCUAGUGACGAUGAAAUUCUCGCUAAAGAAAGUUCACCUGUGAACAAACCCUACAUGGAAGAUAUUAUCAAACGCGAUAACGAUCAAAUGUCGCUAUCAAGUCUAUCCUCGAAUGAUGAUAAGAACGAUGAUCUCAAGCCACCCCCACUUCCGGCAGAUCCUGCCCCUGAAGCUCCGCCUCCUCCCGAACCAACUGAUCAGGUUGCUUAUGUUUAUCCACCCGGUAUUGGACCCGUCAUGGGAUAUCCCCCGGCACCCCCCGGUACUGACCCUUCAUACUAUUAUUCACAAACAUACUCCCAAAGUUCGUAUCAACAGUAUCAAUCGGGCUACUAUCAAAACAGUUAUGUGCAUCAGUAUGUUCCAGGUUUUACCGGAGCGUAUCCGUACCAGUUCCCAGCAUCUUCCCAGCCGUAUUACUCUCCGAACAAGAAAGAUCCCUACGGCAGCGAAGAUCGACACCGGUCGACAUAUACGGGAAGCUCGGGAAGAGAUCGCGGCCGGCAGCAUCUCCAAAAAAACAAUCGCUACGACGAUGCCAUAACAGCUGUCAUCGAACGUGUAACGGCUGAAUUGAAGCAAAUUCUGAAGAAAGAUUUCAACAAGAAAAUGAUAGAAAACACCGCCUACAAGAAUUACGAAGCGUGGUGGGACGAGGAAGAGUUGAAAAGCAAGGGCAAGGAUAAGAGUGUUCUGAGCGAUAUCACCCCUCUAGUUGGUAAGAAAGUGAUUGACAAGGCACCGGAUAUCAACCAGCUGCUCAAUCAAACGUACGAUAAUCUGGACAGUAACAGCAGCUACAUGGGGCUUGGACUACGAGCCACCAUUCCCAAGAUGCCUAGCUUUCGGAGAAUACGGAAGGAACCGAGCCCUGUUCCACAGGACGAAGAUUCGAGGCGGAGCGAUCAAGAGGACAUGGUACACGGAUCUGACUCGGAGAAAGAACAAGACUGUCAGAAUACAACGCCGACAAAGUCUAAAGCACCCUCAAAUUUGGUGUCUCCAGGGAGCGCUACUAUCUCGAGGAUACCCUCCUCUUCCGCUAUUCAACGCACAGAGAAACGAAAACCCAGUGUGUCGUCGUUCUUCACGUCGUCCAGUGAAGAGGAGAGUGCCAGUGCCAGUGAGUCAGAGGAAAGCACAGAUUCUGGUUCGAUUUCUAACGCGGAAAUUCCAUUCAACAACAACCGGAAGCAACCACAACAAUCUUCCUCUCGUGAAAAGCGCGAGAAACGCAUCUAUUCCGACUCGGACAGUGAAGAUGAGUUGCUGGAACAGUCGGGAAACAAAUUCUCGCUACCAUCCAGCAGUGUUGGCUCUCGUAGCAAGGCGAAGAUAUACUCCGAUUCGGAUUCAGAUGAACCAUCCAAACCUCCCCGCAAAGAAAUUUUACCUUCCGUUUCGACCGAGAAAGUUCGCAGCAAAAGUCCGGACAGCCCAUCGAUUCUGCCGCAUAGUAGCGGCACAAGUGAAGAAAAACCAACUCCACCUGCUGCGUUACCGGAGAAAGUUUCGAUGCUUCCGCUGGACGAACUACACGAAGAUCUAUCGCCGGACGUUGAUGAGAGCUCUCCUCCCGAGGAGCCUCCGAGAACACCUGGCCGAGAAUCUCCGAAAAAAUCCCGCUACGAUCUUGACCGAAUCUACAGUGACUCGGAGGAGGAGCGUGAGUAUCAGGAAAAACGAAGAAGGAAGGCCGAAUAUCUGGAGCAAAUCGAACGAGAAUUCCAGGAAGAGCAAGCGAGAUUAGCUCUUGAAAGCGAACAACUAAAGGCUGCGGCCGAAUCGGCUCCUCCGGUUCCGAAAUCGCCCGUUAAAGGAGCGAGAAACAACAAGAAGAAUUCUUCGGUAUCAAUACUGGAUAAGGCUCCAAGUCCGGGCGAUCCCGUCACUCCAAUAACCACCCAACCACCUCCAACACCUGGUGCAGGGCUUCUCGAUACCUGCAAAGAUCCUAUGGCUGCCUCCAUGCCUACGAGUAGUGCAGCACCAGCAGCAGCAGCUGGGAAAAAGAAAAAAGCGGAAAAAGUCACUAAACCGAAAGCGAAAGGAGGCCGAAAAGCAAAAGAUACCAACGGAGUAUCUCAUAGUGUGCUUUCUGUACCAGAAGUAUCUCCUAUUCCAGUGCAACAGCCCCCAGCACCCGCACCUGUAAUUACACCAUCAGUAGCAAAUCUUCCUCCGCCUUUUGAACCACUUGGUACUGCUCCACGGACCACUUCGACGGCAGACGAUUUCUUCUCUGCCGACGAGGAGGCGAGACGAGCCGCGAAAGCGUCUCCCACCUCUUCGGAUGGUGGUUCGAGUCAGAUUAGUCAGGUGGCACUUGAUCACUGCUAUUCAUUACCACCCUCAGCGUCGCCUUCAUCCUCAUCGCCACAUCCCCAGUCAGAUUACUCAGCGCCGGUCGCUAAAUCUGCGAACAAAUAUGCACCCUCGUCCGAUGUGCUUGCGCACGACCAUGGCUACACAAACAACGAUAACGCUGGUGUACUUCCGGGAACACCAGGACAAGCAGUUGCGGCCAUCUCAGUGGAGCAUGUGCAGCAUGUCACCCCUGACGCUGCUGCAGAGUUGAAAGCCAUUGUUCCUGGUUCAGCUACUGCAGCUCCAUCCUCACGCCCGGUCGGCCGUCCAAAGAAGGAGACCAAUGCUGCAAAGGCGAAACACAAGAAACGCACGGAGAAGCAGGAGAAAAUAGCAAUUGCACAACGAGGCUAUGCCAGUGCUGCUGGUGCUCAAGCGCUCGCUCCUUACAAUCAAUCAACACAAUUUGUACCUGUUGCUAAAUACCGGGAACGCGAGAUUCGUUCCGAAAUGGGCGUUCUGUACGAUUUCCUUACGCGCGGAAUCGACGCCGAAGAUGUCCACUACAUCAGACAGAGCUAUGCAUUGCUCCUCAGUGAUGAUGCGAACAAUUAUUGGCUGAACGCUACUCAUUGGGUUGAUCACUGCACAACGGAACGAAGCUAUAUUCCACCGCCCGCGAAAAAGCGUAAAAAAGACAAAGAAUCAGUGUCCGACAUCAAACAACACUCGACCGGGUCGGCUCGAACUCAGGGCUUCUACAAGAUAGACCCCAGAGAAAAGGCAAAAUACAAAUACCACCAUUUGAAGGGCACGGCAGCGGCGAACCACUUGAACAAAAUCGAAACGGCCAAAGCCGUUGCAAAAAUGCAGGGCCUGUCACGAGAGGCUCGCUCCAACCAGCGUCGACUGUUGACAGCGUUUGGUGCCAGCACUGAGUCCGAGUUGCUCAAGUUUAACCAGUUGAAGUUCCGCAAGAAGCAGCUGAAAUUUGCGAAAUCGGCCAUCCACGACUGGGGACUCUUUGCGAUGGAACCGAUUGCGGCCGAUGAGAUGGUCAUCGAGUACGUUGGGCAGAUGGUUCGCCCCUCGGUGGCUGAUCUGAGGGAAACAAAGUACGAAGCCAUUGGUAUCGGCAGUUCGUAUCUCUUCCGGAUCGAUAUGGAGACGAUUAUCGAUGCAACCAAGUGUGGCAAUUUGGCGCGUUUUAUCAAUCACAGCUGUAACCCGAAUUGCUAUGCAAAGGUCAUCACGAUCGAGUCGGAAAAGAAGAUCGUAAUAUACUCGAAGCAGCCCAUCGGGGUGAAUGAGGAGAUUACCUAUGACUACAAGUUCCCGCUGGAGGACGAGAAGAUUCCCUGCCUGUGUGGAGCGACCGGUUGUCGAGGAACGCUCAAUUAGUGGGUGUUUUUGGUAAGACUAUUUUCUGGGUGUUUGUAUAACACGGUUCACCUCAUGCUGUACUCAUGACAGCUUGACACGCUGAAUAAGUGUCUAAAAUGAAAUUAAGAAGGUUUUUUUUUAGUUUGAGAAGGUUAGAGCAGUAAGAACUUAUCUUAUACUGGGCGUCGAUUAUUUCACAUUUCCUGGGAAUAACCAUGGACUAGUUUCUAAAGGAUCCUAUUCUUGAACAGGAACGAAAUGAAAAGACGAUGAAGUAAGGCAACAAGAAGGAAGAAUAAAUCACUGUUAUUGAAAAACAACUACUCUGAUAGAACCAUCCCGGAAAAUGUCAUACACAACUGAUUUGUUCGUACUCUUUUUCAACGUCUUGAAUUGGAUUGUAGUUUGGUUUGGUGUGAAACACGUAAUUUCUCAAACACUGCGAGUUUCUUUUUGUUUAAUUGCACCAUUGAGUGCAAAGUUGAUGUGUAAUAUGAUUACUCAAGGUAAACUAGUGUUUAGAAGAUGGAAGGAAAGUGUAGAUUAAUGAAUAUUAUAUAUUUAUUCAUUAGUUUCAUAUUUCCUUGUGAUGGUAUGACGAACAAUACAUUUCAGGAUCGCCAGUUAUUUCAUUUCUUUCUGUGCAUAAUAGAAAGAGGAAAGCAAUUCGAUGUUUUUUCUAUCUUGCUUUUAUUAUUAACUUAUCGUUAAGUGUUACUUCUUAAGUGUUCAUCAAAUGUAAAUAUUAUCACUAGUUUAAUUGAUACAUAAGAACGUAAAGAUACAAACAAAAAACUGAAAAUAACGAA